UUUCACUCAGAAUUCAAGCUUUUGAACUUGAAUUGUGCCUAAUUUUAAAUAAUAAGCUAGGCCAAAAAAUAUUAUUUCAUUACAAUGAAGACUGCAAUAGCUAAUGUUUUCAAAAUACUCCUUUUCGUGUUAAUUUUCAUGGGUUUUAUCUCUGAGGUGGUUAUCGGUAAUUCCUCAAAAAAGUUGCAGAUUGGAGUGAAAAAGAGACCAUCAGAGUGUCCAAUUAAGAGCAGAAAAGGAGAUUUGUUACAUAUGCAUUACACAGGUACAUUGGAGGAUGGUACAGAAUUUGACAGUUCUUUACCUCGUGGAAAUCCUUUAACUUUUACUCUAGGCUCCGGGCAAGUUAUCAAAGGCUGGGAUCAGGGUCUGAUUGGCAUGUGUGAAGGGGAACAAAGAAAGUUAGUUAUUCCACCAGAGUUAGCUUAUGGUGAAAAUGGAUCACCACCUAAAAUUCCAAAGUCGGCAACAUUAACAUUCCAUGUGGAUCUCGUCAAAAUAGAGAGAAGAGAUGAGCUCUAAGUAAAGACAAGAGAGUAUUUACAUCUAGAUCAAUUUUAGAAUGCUAAUGCUUUUUUUCAUAUUCCAUUUCUAGUUUAAGUUGAAUGUAGAUGGAAAGAAAUUGUGACCUUAAUUAAUUAUGACAUGAUUUGUUCAAAAUUAAGGCAUCAAAUAAAACCAAUAAACUUUGUUCUUUAC